AUGGAAAAUCACAAAUUUAAAAAUUUUAUCUUGUAUAAUUUAGUUGGAAUCGAUUUGGGUUCGACAUAUUCCUCGUUGGAGUUUGGAAAUACGAUCAAAUUGGAAAUUAUUACUAAUGACCGGGGUCAUCAUAUGACGCCUUCGUAUGUCGCUUUUACCGAAACAGAACGUCUUAACGGUGAUGCUGCAAAUAUCUAUUAUUCAAUCCGAUAUAUUAAGCAUUGGCUAAUUAAAGUCAUCGAAAAGAAUGGAAAGCCAUAUAUCCAAGUCAGAUUCAAAGGCGAAAAGAAAGAUUUCACACCUGAAGAAAUUUCUUCUAUGAUUUUGGUAAAUUUAAAGGAAACCGCAGAAGCUUACCUUACAAUCAUGGCGGCUAUUGCUUAUGGUUUGAAUACAAAAGCUUGUGGUGAACGAAACAUUCUUAUCUAUGAUUUAGGUGGUGGUUCUUUCGAUGUUUCACUCCUAACUUUAGAAGAAGGAAUUUUUGAAGUAAGAGCCGUUGCUGGACAGCUUGUGAACGUGCCAAAGCGUGAACUUUCUUCAUCAUCAAAAGCUUCCAUAGAAACAGAUUCACUUUUCAAAUAUAUCGAUUUCUAUACCUUCUUAACACGUGCAAAAUUGAAGAAAUUAAAUCAAGACUUAUUCAAUCUACAAUGGAAAUCGUUGAAAAAACAAAAGUCGUUCUUCAAUGGUAAAGAACUAAAUAAAUCUGUUAAUCCUGAUGAAACCGUGGCCUAUGGUGCCGCCAUUCAAGAUGCUAUUUAUCUGGUGAUAUUUCUGAAAAGCUCAAGAUUUUCUUUUACUCGAUGUCGCUGCUUUAUCUCUGGGUAUUGA